UUUUUUUUUUUUUUUUUUUUUGCUGUUUAUAACGAUGUUUUUGCGUGGCCACAACGUGAGAGUUAAGAGAGAAGAGGGGGAGGAGAAAAGGAACAUUAUCUGGGGUGCACAUUGUGCGCUAGAUACGCUAUAGAAAUACUAGGACUGUAAAUUAUGCUAAAGAGACGUUGUUUAUGUUUCAACUUGGACUAAUUAAGGUUAAUUGACGACGUUAUUGUUGUGGUUGAUUCGGUUAUGACGAAACUCUCGAGUUAUCGCUAUAUUUUUAUUAAAAUAAUAAAUUACUUAUUCAUUAAAUGAGGUUUGUGUAGAGGACAACUCUUAUCGUGGUAAAAAUGCAUUGAAAUUUAUUAAUUUCAUUUUAUUGAAUAACGUUAUAUUUACUCAAAACGAUACUUACCACAGUAAUUGAAGGAAAACAUAAUUUUUUUCACGAUGUUGAUGUAUAAUUGUGAAUCCCCUAAUUGACUUGGAAUUGUGUCCACCCAUGGCAAUACCAGAACUUAGUAAUGCAAGCCCAAAAUAAUACUAUUUAGUAUACUACAUCAGAAACGUUUUUUGAAUUAAUAUUUGUCAGUUUUGUCGAAUUAUUAUUGAAAAACCGAGUGUUGUUUCUAGCACCUAAAAGGAACUUUUAUUGCAAAAGUCAGUUUUAAAAAAGGGCAGAACGAUUUACUAACAAAAAUUUAUAAAAUAGGUGUUGGAAGGUAAACUCACAAUUGUUUGUCAUAUGGUUUCUUAUUUAAGCAUUUUAGUACUAACGAUUUCAGAAGGAAUUACCAUGAAUAUUAAGAGGGAAUGUAUAUCGUUAAAUGUGAUUGUAUUGUUUGCACCUUGUCAGUGUGGAGGAGAAAGUAAUCGAAAAAUGUUUUUUGUUAUAGAUAAGUUUCAACUCGAAGACUCGUAUGUUGUUGACCACAGGAGAAUGAUAAGGGUGUCUUGCGUUUGAAUUUGAAAAAGUGGAAAACAUCUCAAUAUCAGAAUGGUUCUGGUGUUGAAUGGCGUCCUGCAGGACAAAGUGCCUCCGAACAGCCGAGUUUUGUACGAGGCUCACCCGAUUUAUCGCGACACUGCGGCUCAGUUGCACAUGAUGCCGACAAAAUUGGUGGGACCGGCGGGCUUGCUAUACGUCCAGCAGAGGGAGAUGGCCGCUACUAUGCCACAUGACAAAAAUGUUACAAUUCUGGGCUCAGAUGACUCGACCACGUGUAUAAUCUGCGUGUUGAGGCAUUGUGGAUCAGGUACGUCGGCCAUGGCACAUCUAGAUGGCUCAGGAACCGAAGAUGCAGCUGCACAAAUGAUACAGAGGGUCUCGGAGUUGGCACUUGGUUUUCCUGAGGGACGCUUUGAGUUACAACUGAUCGGAGGAUACUCUGAUCCACGUGGAUACUCUGACGAGCUUUUUUGUAAUAUUAUGUCGGCUUUUCACAAGCAACCAGUUGAGAUAGAUUUGACCCUGUGCUGUGUGGGUGAACUCAACACAGUUAUUCGAGGUGGUAUUCACUGGCCAAUCAUCUAUGGCGUUGGUCUGAAUGUCAAGACUAACGAAAUUUUCCCAGCCACUUUUCCGGAUAAGGGUCCUGAUGCACAGCUCAGGUGCGCGAGACAUUUGACUGGUGGUCAACAGGUUCUCGACAUCUACGACUACACGCUCGGUCUUUUGAGAAUAGGACCAUUUAAUUACGAGCCCCUGCGUGGCGUCGACCUCUGGCUCGCCCAGUCCGACCAGUUUAUUCUCCAGCAUUUGUCAACAUCACCCGAAGUUGAGCUUCCUCAUUUCGUCUCUCAGAUCCGCGCGACCCUCAAGUACAUCCAGGACAAUCCGUUUCCGGCCAUCACCGUCUUUCCGGACAACAAGCCCCGUUAUUACCGCCGGGACGAGCACACCGGCAACUGGAUGGCGUUACGGUACUAGCCUCCCUGUUAAUGUACACCUCGGUUUUCCGAUUCCAGGAGGGUCAUCUGCGCGUGAUUUGUACACACGCCUUUGACGUACUGAUUUUACAAAAGCCAUACCACCACGUCGAGAGAUUAUCACUGCGUCGGACGUUGUUUUUGUUUUGGCUUGUACUCUCGUUUUUUACACGUGACUG